AUGUCUGCACAAUUAACAUCCAAUGGCACCGGCAGCGAGGCCGAGACCAUUAACACCAACAUUGUCACUCUCACACGCUUCUUGACCGAAGAGCAGGUCAAGGUCAAGGAGGCAACCGGAGACUUCACCCUGCUUUGCCACGCCCUGCAAUUCUCCUUCAAGUCAAUCGCAUACUACAUCCGAAGAGCAACCCUCGUGAACCUGACAGGUCUGGCCGGCUCCUCCAACACUACCGGCGACGACCAGAAGAAGCUCGAUGUCAUCUCCAACGACCUCUUCAUCGCCGCAAUGCGCUCCUCGGGCAAGUGCGCAUUACUGGUCUCCGAGGAGGAGGAGAACGUCAUAUACUUCAAGGAGAACAAGAACGCCCGCUACGCCGUCGCCUGCGACCCCAUCGACGGCUCCUCCAACCUGGACGCCGGUGUCUCGGUCGGCACCAUCUUCGCCGUCCACAAGCUGGCCGAGGGCUCCACGGGCACCAAGGAGGACAUCCUGAAGCCGGGCACGGAGCUGGUCGCCGCCGGCUUCACCAUGUACGGCGCUUCAGCCCAGCUGGUCAUCACCAUGAAGGGCGGCGGCGUCAACGGCUUCACCCUCGACAACGGCGUCGGCGAGUUCAUCCUGACCCACCCCAACAUGCGCCUGCCCAAGCAGCGCGCCAUCUACUCCGUCAACGAGGGUAACUCGCUCUACUGGGAGGACAACGUCAAGGGCUACUUCGAGUCGCUCAAGCAGCCCCAGGGCGACGACGCCAAGGGCAAGCCCUACAGCGCCCGGUACAUCGGAUCCAUGGUUGCCGACGCCUACCGAACGCUGUUGUACGGCGGAAUCUUUGCCUACCCCGCGGACAAGAAGGCCCCCAAGGGCAAGCUGAGAAUUCUGUACGAGUGUGCGCCGAUGGCCAUGGUCUUUGAGAACGCCGGCGGACAAGCCGUCAACUCGAAAAUGGACCGCAUGUUGGAAGUUGUCCCUGAGGAUAUCCACGACAAGUCAGGAAUCUUCAUGGGCAGCUGGGAUGAGGUCGAGAAGGUCAAGCAGUUCCACAAAUCAUAA